AUGAGCGAUCCAGCACACCCACAUCCCAAUCCAAGACAUCCGGAUUACGAGACGGGACUCACGGAUGAGGCGGUAAUCGAGGGCCACGACCUGAUUCAGCACGCCGAGGAGGAGGAGGAGAGAAUGCAUCCAGACAAGCCAGAGCCGACGAUGCCGGUAGCAAACCCACCGGCUGGGCAGCAGGCCAAACAUGACAAGAAGGAGUCAACAAUGGACAAGGUCAAGCACGCGUUGCAUUUAAACAAGUAA